UGUUUGCAAUAUUUGCCCUACGACUAUAAUGCAUUGGAACCUACAAUAUCAGCAGAAAUAAUGAAAUUACACCACGGGAAGCAUCACGCAGCCUAUGUCCACAACUAUAAUAUUGCCGAGGACCAGUUACGCGAAGCAGAGGCCAAAAAUGAUACAACGAAAAUAAUCGCACUGCAGGUAAAAAGUAAAAAUGGUUGUGUCGUCAACUUUUGUUGUGGGAGUUACCAUAUUCGCUAUGCGUUGAUAGCAUCUAGCCCAGAAGCAACUGCGGACGAGGACGGUAAGCUUUUAAACCUCCAGACAAGGGUGAAGCGAAUUCUACAUGGUGUUCUAGUUCAACGGGCAUAUUGA